AUGACGGACAGCUCCAGCCAUGCUGAGGUUUGGAAGAUGCAGAUGAACCACCUGACAGUGCAGGUCCACAAGUUGUAUUUCUGUCUCACCGUGUUUCCUUUGGCCAGAAAUGUGCUAAGUCGUCUGCUAGUUCAAAGCAUUCAGCAAGCAAUGGCAAGGCAGAGCCACCAGAAAUGUACGCCUGAUUUUUAUGACAAAUGUAAUAAAGUAUUGGCUGGUGGAGCCACGUUCUGUAUUGUUGUAUGGACAUAUACAGCAACACAGAUUGGAAUAAAAUGGAACCUGUCCCCUGUUGGCAGAGUCACCUCAAAGGAGUGGAGAGAUCAGUAAUCAUCCCAGCUGGUGUAAUAAUGAAUUGAUUCAAACCAACUCAUAAAUGAUGCCAAGAAAAAGCACUGUAACAGCUAAAAUACUGCAUUAUUGAAGGAAUAAAAUACACUUGAAACCUUAAAAAAAAGAA